AUGACCUCACUGUUAUCUGACAUUAUAAUGAUGUCAAAAAUUGCGAAUACUUUCAAUGAUUAUUGUACAAACUAUUCUGAAAAUCAAGUUGUUAGAAGAAAAAAACAAAAACAAUGUAAUCAUCAAACGUCAAGUAAGAAGAAAAAAACUUUCCACUAUGAAGUUAGUGUAUUGGAACAAUUACCAUGUGAAUUAUUUUUAAUCAUCUCCGAAUAUUUAUCACCACAAGAUUUAAUUUCAGCAUUUUAUGAUCUUAAUCAUCGUCUCAAUUCAUUUGUUCAUCUUUCACCGUUACAUCUUGAUUUCUCAAAAAUUUCUAAAUCAAAAUUUGAUUAUCUAUGUAAAGCGAUAUCACCAAAAGCAUUGAGAUCAUUAACAUUGUCAAAUGAACGCCAAACUUGUGGACAAAUUUCACGAUUUUUACACAUGUUUGAUGUUCAAAAAUAUUUAACUAAUCUUCGAUCAUUAACAAUUCUAGAACCAAAAUUGAAUCAACUAAUGCAAAUACUCAAUAGUUUUACGAUAAUGGAUAAUGUAUUAUAUUCUCAUUCUAGUCCUCUACAUUCAUUGAUAACGUUAAAGAUAACAGCAUCAACAAUUGAUUAUGAAGUAUCGGGAAAUAUCUGUAGAUUGAUUUUAUGUGAUUUAUCAUCAUUAGAAAAGUGUACACUACUGUUUAAUGACCGACUUGAUAUGCAGGAUUUGAAUCAAACUAUAGAUAAUAUAACACAUUUAACAUGCAAAAAAAUUAUAUUAGAAGACUUAAUGAAUAAAAUAAUUAAAUAUUUACCACAUAUUCAUUAUUUAGACGUUGAAUUAGUUUCAUCUGGAAUACCCGUCGUUUUAUCAACAUUAGAACAAGAUAUUUCAACACUUGUGUCAAAUUUAUCAUGUUUACAAUUGUUAAUUACUACAACAACAUAUCAAGAAGUAGAAUUUUUGUUGAAAGGUUUACCUCAAUUGAAACAACUGUCGUUCAAAAAGUGUCAUACUACUUUGAACGAUGACAUGAUAUUUGUCAAUGGUAGUUCUUGGGAAAAGUUAUUCUCAUCUCAUAUGCCUAUAUUAACUGAACUCCAGUUUGAUAUAAAAGUUUAUCAUGAUCAACAUAUGCAUUAUACUGCACUUAAUAACUUACUCUUACCGUUUGAAACUGAAUAUUUUCUUAAACAUGGCUGGACAUUUCAGUUAUACUACGAUUCUAAAAUAUUAGGUCUUUAUACUCAACCAUAUCCACAUUCAACCUGUUCAACAACACUAAAUCGUAUAGAAUCAACAAGAGGACCAGGACGGAGUGUACAAAAUAACAGAGUCACAUCUUUACACGUGUAUAAUACUGGACGAAAAAAUCUCUACUAUCCAAAUGUUGAGUCAUUAUACGUUGAAAAUUCAUCAGAUAAUUACAGAUUUUUUUUAUUAGUAAAACGAGCAAUUAAUUGUCGAAAAUUAAAGAUGUUGAAAUUACACGAGUCCAAUGAUGAUGUUCAAAUGAUGGAUUCGACAACACUCUCAAAACUUUUAUAUACAUCUUCUCAAUUACGAACACUAGAUUUAUCCAUUUGUGAAUUAAUCGAAUUAACUCAACACUUCAAACAUGUUACACUUUGCAAACGUCUAUCUCGACGAAUACAACAUUUAAUUCUUAGUGAUUAUUAUUGUAAACCGAAUGACGUUAGUCUAUUCAUUGAUACAUUCUCAACAAAUUUAGAAUCACUUGAUAUUAGUGUAAAUACGUUGAAUGAAUGCUGUGAAAUUUUGGAAUCUAUUUUAGAAUCAAUGAGAAAGUUGAAAAAUUUGUAUGUAAUAUUUGGUCAAUCGGAAAAAAUAAUUAGAUUUGAUUUUGAUACAUGGUUGAUAAAUAAUACAUCAGUGACAAAUUUUAUCUGUGAUGUUAAUGAUGGAUGUUUAAAUUUAUGGUUAGGUGAUAGAGAAGACGUAUUUAUUGAGUAA